AUGAUAUUGGCAAGUAACCGGAUUGGUCCCGAGGGAGCUCAGGCUCUCGCAGAAGCCUUGAAGAUCAAUAGCUCCGUGCGGCUCAUGAUAUUGGCAAGUAACCGGAUUGGUCCCGAGGGAGCUCAGGCUCUCGCAGAAGCCUUGAAGAUCAAUAGCUCCGUGCGGGACAUGAAAUUGGCAAGUAACCGGAUUGAACCCGAGGGAGCUCAGGCUCUCGCGGAAGCCUUGAAGAUCAAUAGCUCCGUGCGGGACAUGAAUUUGGCAUUCAAUGAGAUUGGUGCCGAGGGAGCUCAGGCUCUCGCGGAAGCCUUGAAGAUCAAUAGCUCCGUGCGGGACAUGAAUUUGGCAUUCAAUGAGAUUGGUGCCGAGGGAGCUCAGGCUCUUGCAGAUGCUUUGCUUCAGAGGAAGACUUCAGUCAGAGACACCUUGGCUGAUGACUUGGACGACGGAGCCAAGGAGAGUGAUGAUCAAGUCCCCGGCAGACGCCCUUUUGAAGCACCGGUUCGUCUUCAGGCACUAGCUGAAGCUUUGAAGACGAACGCUUCCGUGACAAGCAUCGGAUUGUGGCGCAAUUCCAUCGGCGAUGAGGGCGCACAGGCACUAGCUGAAGCUUUGAAGACGAACACUUCCGUGACAAGCAUCUACUUGUCUCUCAAUUCCAUCGGCGAUGAGGGAGUGAAGGCACUAGCUGAAGCUUUGAAGACGAACACUUCCGUGACAAGCAUCGACCUGGGUGCCAACCGCAUCGGCGAUGAAGGCGUGAAGGCCUUUUGUGUCCCGGGAUUCCAAGUGGCACUGGCUGAAGCUUUGAAAAAGAACACCUCCGUGACAAGCAUCAACCUGAGUAGCAAUUCCAUCGGCGCUGAGGGAGUGAAGGCACUAGCUGAAGCUUUGAAGAUGAACGUUUCCGUGACAAGCAUCGACCUGAAUGAAAAUUCCAUCGGCGAUGAGGGAGUGAAGGCACUAGCUGAAGCUUUGAAGACGAACGUUUCCGUGACACGCAUCAAAUUGUGGGGCAAUUCCAUCGGCGAUGAGGGAGUGAAGGCGCUGGCUGAAUUUUUGAAGACGAACACUUCCGUGACAAGCAUCAGCCUUGCUCACAAUCCCAUCGGCGAUGAGGGAGUGAAGGCACUAGCUGAAGCUUUGAAGACGAACACUUCCGUGACACGCAUUUACUUGGCUCGCAAUUCCAUCGGCGAUGAAGGAGUGAAGGCACUAGCUGAAGCUUUGAAGACGAACACUUCCGUGACAAGCAUCGAUUUGUCGGACAAUUCCAUCGGCGAUGAGGGAGUGAAGGCCUUGAAGCAAGUGAUCGAGGAAAAGAAGAAGAUGGGUUUCAAGCUCGACAUGACAUUAUAG